UAAGGACAGAGGUUAGAUGGAAUAUGGCUCUCUCCAGAGGUUUGAGAUGCUGUCAAAGGGUUUUCUCGUGGAUACCUGUGCUUAUAAUAACCUCGGUGGUGUUAUGGUCAUACUACGCCUACGUAUUUGAACUAUGUGUUUUCACACUCACCAAUACAUUAGAAAAAGUGGCCUAUCUGCUGGUGUUUCAUGUGUGCUUUGUGAUGUUCUCCUGGACAUACUGGAAGUCCAUAUUCACCCCCCCUGCAACAUCAUGCAAAAAGUUCCAGAUGUCAUACUCGGACAAGCAAAGGUACGAGAUGGAAGAGAGGCCAGAUGCUCAGAAACAGAUCCUGGUUGAGAUCGCAAAGAAACUACCCAUCUUUACACGAACUCAGUCUGGAGCUAUCAGGUUCUGCGACCGCUGCCAGGUACUGAAGCCUGACCGCUGUCACCACUGCUCAGUUUGUGAAACAUGUGUCUUGAAGAUGGACCAUCACUGUCCUUGGGUGAACAACUGUGUGGGCUUUUCCAACUACAAGUUCUUCCUGCUUUUCCUCUCCUACUCCAUGCUGUACUGUGUGUUUAUUGCAGCAACAGUCUUUCAGUAUUUCCUCAAAUUCUGGGGGGGGGACUUGCCAAAUGGUCCUGCAAAGUUCCAUGUCCUCUUCCUCAUGUUUGUGGCACUCAUGUUCUUCGUCAGUCUCAUGUUCCUCUUUGGCUACCACUGCUGGUUGGUGGCCAAGAACCGGUCCACUUUAGAGGCCUUCUCAGCUCCAGUUUUUGUCUGUGGACCAGACAAAAAUGGUUUUAAUGUCGGCUUACGCAGAAACCUGCAGCAAGUAUUUGGAGAGGAUCGGAGACUGUGGUUCAUCCCUGUCUUCACAAGCCAAGGAAAUGGCCACUACUUCCCCUUGAAGAAUCGGAGUUCUGAUUCCCAGAACCCCUUGCUAGCCAAUGAGGACAUGUGGGAGGAGUCUGAUGACGGCUCCGAGGAAGGAAGUCUGGCUGAGGACCGAGACCCCUCUAUUACCAUAGAGAUGGAGGAAUAGUCAUUUUAAUGUUAAGGACAAUUUCUACUGGUACAGGGGCUGUACAGUAAAUAUAAUAUCAGACACACUGUGUACCACGAGACAAAUGCAUUCCAAAUCAUGCGGAUUUACUAACACUGAAAGAAAUUCUGAAGGGGGCCAAAGGUGUGGAAAAAUCAGCAUUUGGAUCAAAUGUUUUACAUAAUGACAGCCAGUAGCUUCAUCUAUCCUCUCCAGGACGACAAAUUCAGUUUGAUUUGGAAAAAAUAAAACUUUGCAAUAUUACCUCGGAAAAAAAGUCAACUGCUGUUUAACAUGGACUGCAUAUUUCCCUCUGGAGGUUCAUCUCAAGACACUGGCAUCUGUGAGUUUUUGAAUUACUGUAAAUCUGGAAGCUUCUGUCCGGCUCUGGACUUUUGUAUAUAUGCUGUUUCAGUUGGCCUGUGGGUUUAUAGUGUUGCACUGCAGAACCUGGUCUGUGCAGGGGGGGCAUCGAACCUAACACCCAUAAUGCUCAGAGGGGGUCUCUUGUUAUCAUUCAGUGCUCUGGCCUCUUCCAGUAUUGGCUCUUGCCGAUAUUAACUUGAGAUUUUAGAUUACUUUUAUUCAACAAACAUAUAAAAAUAACCGACAGAACCUGCGCCUUAUUAAUAUAUAUUUAUUCUUGUGUUUUGGGAGUUUAUUUCUCCUGAGAAUGUAUCGAGCAUCCUGCUUGUGUAAGUAGACUGUGACAAAAUGUAUGGCACCUAUUUAAUGAAGAACCUCAUAUAUUAUAUAUAUAGUAGGAAAAGGGCAGGUAUUAUAAGUUUUCUUCUUCCUGCUCUUGUUUGCUCAUGAACAGUGUCUCAGCAUUAUGAGAAAAUAUUUUUUGUUGUGUAUUAUGGUGUUGAAACCAUACACUGAAUUGAGCAAAUAAAUAAAUCAAAUAUGAAAAUAUGAAAUAUAUUAUGCUUUAAUAGACAAUAUCAACACAAAUAUUUAGUUAAAAUGCCAUUACCAAUGAUUAAUAAGGAGGGUGACAGUAAUGAAAACAAAAUUAGCUUCAUUAUUUAGCUUUGGUAUGCAGCGCACAAUGUUUGGAAAUAAAGUUCUAAAUCUCAUCGAGUAUUAUAGCAAAUAUUAAAGCUAGGGUAGGCAACUUUAUAGAAACCAUGCAGAGAACUUCCACUGCCAACAACUUCUGUAGGACGAGUUACCCUGAAGUGCUAGAAAUAGGAGCGAAGGCCAUGGUUGUCAUUGUUAAGCAUGGCCAAUUACCUUUCUCUGCCAUUCUUAUGUGAGUGGCUAGGCGGCUUAAUCAUUGUGAAACCUCUGCAACAUGUACAAUGAAUGCACAGGCAGAGUGCUCCUAGGUGGGCAGGGAGGUAUGUAGAAAGGUAUGAAGACCAUUCAAGAAUUUCUUUUGACCGACAGAGAGUGUUCUUAUUACAGUCCUUUUGACAGCCACAGUUACAGGAUGGCUUGUUUGAGCAUUGGUUCAACUGAUUUAACAAAAACAGAUCGCCUAUCCUUGCUUUAAGAAAAUGUCUGAAUCCAAACCGGAAUAUAUCAUAUAUCAAAAAUUAAAUGCUUUUGUCGUCUUUGUCGAUAUUUUAAAAAAAUGCAGUAAGCAGUUCACAUUUUUUAAUGUUCUGGAUGAGUGUGCAUGACAUACUGUGACAUUUUUUUUUAAACCACCGUCACAAUCCUUUUUCCUACUAUAUCAGCCAUCUCCAGUACAUUCACACCUCUGUGUGGAUGCAGUGAUCAGGAAACAUGUGAGAUUAGCUUUCUUUGUAGGCACAAACUCAAAAAGGAGAAGGUGCAGACUUUUUCUUUGUCUGUUUUCUCUUUUGAUCUUUUUGAAUAUACCGAAAACUGUACAUGUAUGAUAUAGACUGAUCUUCAUUCACUGGUUGGUAAAGGUCAGCUGCUCUAAAUGUUUUCUACCUGUGUUUCUGUUUUUUUGAGAUGUUUUGUUUUGGUGUAUGAACUUGUGUAUUAAAUCCAGUGUACAUCUUAUUAAGAAUGAUUGAAAUGUUGGGCCUGCAAGCAUCAAACUUGAUGCUGUUAGAUCUUGACACUUUUAACUGGCUUCCUCUGAUCAGUUUUCUAUGUUGGGUAAGCCAAAUUCAAAUGCUGCUCAUGCCUGAGGAAUACAUAACAUUACAUAAAUAUGUCACUUAUUAGUUCAUCUACAUGUAUUUAUCUGAGGUAUGAUUCUGUGUUUGGAAGCAUGUGUGAAAUGUUAGGGAUGUUGAGUGGAUCAUGAAUCUUGUGUCUAUUGUUUCCAUAUUUAGCUCCCCUUGUGUUUUGUUUACUGAUUCAUAACUGCUGCAGGCGGUAUCUGUAUAUUUUGCUCCAUUAAGUGACACUUGAAAUAAACUAUUGACGCUAUGCGCUCUCAUCAAAUAAUAGGAUAUUUAUACCAUGAGAAGCUCACUAAUUAUUCCCAGUGUGCAGACAGGAGGGAAUAUAUUUCAAGCUCACACAGUAUGGUCCCUUUUGAACCCUGCUUUGGAGUGUGUGAUUGUGUCACUUCCCUUCUUCAAAACCUGUGGACCAUUAACAGUACUGAAACCAUCUCAUCGUCUGUCUGAUAACAAAUAUAAAUUCUUUAUUUUCCACCACUUGUUGAAACAUGCAAAAUAAAAUUAUCCAAGUUGAACUCUC